AUGGUAUUCCUCCGGCUUUCGAUCAAGGUCUUCCCGCGGGAGCAGCUGAGCACCAACGUAAGCUACAUCUGGGAGAGACUCGGGAGAAGGGUUACCUCCGAUGAGUCUAGCCAGGGAUCUGGACCUUCAACUGCCUCCAAGAAACCCGGUGUCUUCUUGCUUGUUCUUCAGAAUCCAGAGGAAGUCUCGCUUGGGGGACUUGCGGGCAUGAUACAGGAGCACUGGGCGAAGCUUCAUCCGGAGUUGGAACCACUCUCGAUCAAGAAGAUAUUGGACGAUACGAAGGAAGAGCUCGACCUCUACCCCCAAUUGACAGUCGCCGAUGUCUGGGUCGACCAUGGCAAAGCCCGCGCCGACGGCCUUGACCAGUUCGGAUGUGUUCGCGUUAUUCAAAAGCCUACGACGGCUGCCCCGGAGCGCUUCCCGUCUGUCGAGCAGGAUUGGGAUGCUGCUGUCGCUGCGUAUGAGCAUAAGCGUGCGACGAAGAAGAAAAAGCAAGAUAUGGAGCGCGAGUUCCCUGCUAUCCAGGAAGAGGACGAAGAGAGCGCCAAGGGUUCAUCACAGCCCAGUGCUACUCGAUCGCUGUCUCAGUCUCAUGUGCAAUGGACGGGUUCGCCCGAUUUGCGCCAACCCAAAACCAACGGUCUUUUCAACCGAAAGUCGCCGGUUAAGCACCGCCAUCGUGAUUUACCCGUUUCAUCUGUGGAGGUAGGCAGUCCUGUCGCCAGUCCUCCCCCACCGGCGAAAUCUCCUGAUCGUAUAAUUGCCGGCACGCCGCCUGUAAGGAGCGAAAGCGAGGAGCUAGGCGACUCGCCGUCACCUGCUGAGCGACGUGGUUCUACUACCCGUUCUCGGUCUACACCCGGCUCUGCGAAAGCUAUACCCCCGAAAUCCCCGACUAAGUCGCCAAAACUUGUUAAAGCGCCCAUUGCGAAGACGACGGCCACGCGGACAAUCACACAGAUGCCUAGCGACGCUGAAUCUCCCCCACGGGAUAUACACGUCCGAGAGACACAAACAACUGAAGAGGCUACCCCGAGCGAAGAGAGCUCGCCUGAACCUGAGCUGCCGACCAAACCGCGUGUGGCCAGUGGACAAGGGCAUCUGGCGAGGGUGGCUGAUAGUAUCUCUAAAUCCUCGCAGAAGAAGCAAGCGGAAGAGGCUGUCGAGAGCUCUAGCGGCGAGUCUGGUGACGAGUCUAGCGAGGAGGAAAGCGAUGAUGAGGAUGACGAAAAUGAACAGAGAAAGGCUCUUGUGGAGGAGUCUGCUGAGGAGGAUUCUGAGACCGGUUCUGACUCUGACUCUGAAUCUGAUGCGAGUGAAACGAACGGUAGUAAGAAAAAUUUCGUGGACGCAGAUGGGGAUAUACAAAUGGAAACGCCCACGGCUACCGAGAGUUCGCAGUCUCGCAAACGCAAACAGAGCUUGGAAGAUAUCACUUCGGUCAAAGAAGCUCGCCAAAGACAAUCUCAUCCUUCGACCCGGCAACAAUCGAGCCCCACCUCUCCAAGGUCUGUGCCUGCCGUUGUUGUGCCUUCGCAACAACCCCAGCAGUCCAAGUCGAAAUCGUUGUCUUCAGUUGCUGGCGUGACGAGCCCACAGCGACGUGAACGUGUUCCUUCAUCCUCUAGCCCGGCUCGCCGAGCAAGUCUCGAAGAGUCUUCCGUCAACAAAACCCCCCAGUCUGGCCUAGAAUUGGGUAUAACUGACAGUCCUCCCAGCAAUCAGCAAGUGAGGGUGGAAGCGUCUCAAGAAUCUUUCAGGACUGCAGACCUGCCAUCCACCCAGAACUCGACCUCUCUCGGCGGACCGCCUUUCCCAAGCAGCAAUGCCACAGUCGUCGAAUCAUCGUCCACUACUCAGAAUAAGCAAACACCCGCAAUCGAGAGAACGAAAAAGCUCUCGUCUGCCCUCCGCGGCAAGGAUUCCCCAGCAUCCGAGAGACGAUCUGUGUCUUUUGCGGAGGGAGAGAACCUUGCCUCAACCCUUCAGCCUGUUCCGCACUCCAGCCAGCGCAAUACUGCGGUCAACGCCACACCAAAGUCGACGGUGCAGACGCCCACACCAGCUACUAGAAACACCCAAGCAACACCUUCGGCCUCUACUCGUACCGUUGCCACACCUAAGACUAGUGCCAAGAAGCAGACCCCCAAAUCUAAUUCACAAGCUGCUCGCACGCCAUCGCAAGUCAGCGAUGUGGUGUAUCCGCCCAAUUUCGACGUUGCCAAGCUUGAGCAGGAAGUUGCCAAAGAGCGGCAGUCCACAAAGGAGUCAAGGCAGGCAGAGGCUCAACAAAAGGAGAAAGAAAAAGCAGAGAAAGUCGAAAUCGAGCGCAAGCUUCGGGAAACCUACGAUCCCGUCCUUAUGAACAUCUUAACUGAGAUGAACACGCUUUUGGGUAGACUAGGCAAUUCCAGGCUGGAAAUUCGCAGAAGAACACCAUUGCGAGCUAAGCUUGACGAGCUGCGGAAGGAGGCAAAGGCCCGCGAACAGACCCUGGAGACGCAAAAGGCGACUCCUCAAGUAUCAGCCCCGAAGCAGGCCCGUCCGACUCUCAAGGACAUGCUGAGCAGCCAGAAGCAGGAGCUUGCUGCGAAGAGCUCGCAGCCGCGCGCUGAACCAAAGACCGCCCCAGCUCGUCGCAGUGAUGUCUACGAUGUGCCUAGCUCCGGCGAAUCGGAGUCAGAGUCAGAGUCUGAGUCUGAGUCUGAGUCUAGCGACGAUAGUUCCGAUAACGAUAGCGAUAGCGAUAGCCAGUCGGGUGAUAUUAUGCCCGAUGGCCACUCGGAGAAACUCCGCAGGCCUUCUUCGUCACAGCAGUCUAGUUGA